UGCGUGAAUUCUUCGUGUGUCUUUCAUCUUCUGUGUUUUUCGUGUUUCAUUGGCGCGCUGAAAUUUUCUGGAGUUAUUUUUCAUCAGCAGUUUAAACGCCUCCCCAUCUUUCCAAAAAUUACCUUCGAUUUUUAAUAAUUUCAAUUCAAAAGAUUGCGGAAGAAUGUGGAGCCGCGAUGGAUUAAAAAACGGAUCGUCAUCGGCCAUGAUGUACAGGUCGACUCCGCACCUGUUUGUCUACCAGCCGUGCGAGGAUGACGAAGACGUCACUAAUGCGACCGUCAUGGACGACCUGGACGCGGAAGACACUGAACCUUCCGAUUCCGGCUACGCCGCUUCGUCUUCCGGCUCUGGUUCGGCUGCCACGCCCGAGGCCAUUUAUUAUUCGACGAUGGAAUUGUCUUCGCACCGCAAGGAGAAAGACGCCGUGCGUCGUUUGAGUUUCAUCAAAUACGCUGGAACAGAAGUGUACAGCACCGGAAGCACGAGCGGCAGCAGCAGCGACCAUUCGUCGGUGACCGACGAUCCGCAUCUUCUUCCGGUCGUUAACAAGGGCCAGCAGAUGUUGACCGAACUGGAACUUUUGAGAGUGGAGACGUUCUUUCGCGGUCAUCAGACGCAAAUUUUCGUCGGCAAAUCGCUCGCUAAUUUGUAUUUACGGCAAGCCAAGAGUUUGGUCGGGUUGAAUCGCUGUUCCAGUCAGCCGGAUGUCUGCGUCCGCACCUUGCAGAGGCAAUCGGACAGAUUGACAGACUGGCAGCUGAAAUUUACUGGAAUUCCUGUUGUUUUACUGGACCUCGGCGGGACGAAAUCGAGACGUCAGCGACGCAUCCAACUGAUUCUGGCCGAACGAGGCACCGCCUUCACUUUGUGGUCAGACACGAUCGACAAUUUGAGCAAUUACGAAGCGGCCGGACCGACUUUCCACACGAUGAGGACGUCCACCGAUCACCGGCAGAUCGCCGGAUUGAGUUUCGACUCGGCCGAUGCCGCCCAGCAAUUGUUUAGACACAUUGAGAAAUUAACGUCCGAUCCGGCCAACAUCCGCCUGUCUACCCCGAAAAGGGCGUCCAGGACGUCCAGUUUGCUUCGCUUCUGGACGGGCAACAAGAACAAUCAAGUGCCGAAGAAGAAGACGCCCUUGCCACGCAAGUGCGACAUUUCGCAGCCUUGCUUUUUCCAGCACGUCACCAGCGUCGAUUCUACCGAUCACGGCAAAUUCUUUUCUCUACAAGCUCUAGUACCCAAUCAAUAAGUCUUUUUUUUUAUUUUUAAAUAUUUUCGCAUCGUUUUUUUUUUCCUUGUUAGAUUUGCAUUUUGGAUCUCAUGUGAUAGCCACCCAAUUUUUUUUUCUUGCUGUUUUUCUCUCGUUGAUUUUUCUUUUUUGGGCUACCGCGGCGGAUUCAUUCAGCUGAGAUUCUAAAAAUUUGUUCAUUUUGGGCCUGUGCCUUAUUUACAUAUUCAUUUACAUUUAUAUAUAUAAGUACCUUUUCUUUCCUCGAACAGGUGGCUAGUGCUUGACAUUCAAUUUUCUUCGCAGACUCUCACACAGAUUCACUUCCCAAUCUGUGUCUGUAUAUAUAUAUAUAUCUAUAAUAUUGUCAGUGUUUUUUUGGGGGACGGGGAAGGGCUUAGUUUCUUUUCAGAGCUCAAAACAGUUUUGGUUAAAAUGGCUGCCUUGAACGAAGCAAGAAAAAGAGAGACUGCAACAUGGUAGUUUAAAGGUAAUUUGAUCCAAAACGAUUUUGGUGUAGCACAUGUUCAAAUCUCAACCUUUUGCUUACAUUUAUUAAUCAUUUUUUUCCAAAACUAUUAUUUUGGCUAUCAUUCGUGCCUAAGCUAAUAUUCAAGUAUUUGGUGAAACUAAUUAAAUUAACUCAUCCAAUUUUUUGUAUCUAAGUCAUAUUCGAAUUGAGCUAUUGUUUUGUAUUUGUUUUUUAUUUUCUUCCCCCCACUUAAAACUUUACUUUUGUAUAAUCAAGCCCAUACAUUACUCGGCAGAUGAGUGCGACAUUGCCUCAUUUCGAUUUUCGGUCAACAACGCAAAAUAAAAUUUCAUUUUUUUUUUCA